GCGCUGUCUCCCGGCCUGUCUAGAGCUCGGCGGCUGCAGAAGCGGCUGUGGUGGCGGCACGGCGCGGCCACCGGUCCGGGGAGCUGCACCAUGAGCGGAUCACAGAACAAUGACAAAAGACAAUUUCUGCUGGAGCGACUGCUGGAUGCAGUGAAACAGUGCCAGAUCCGCUUUGGAGGGAGAAAGGAGAUCGCCUCAGAUUCUGACAGCAGGGUGACCUGUCUGUGUGCCCAGUUUGAAGCCGUCCUGCAGCAUGGCUUGAAGAGGAGUCGAGGGUUAGCGCUCACCGCAGCAGCGAUCAAACAGGCGGCAGGCUUCCCCAGCAAAACUGAAACAGAGCCGGUGUUCUGGUACUAUGUGAAGGAGGUCCUCAGCCGGCACGAGCUGCAGCGCUUCUACUCCCUGCGGCACAUCGCCUCGGACGCCGGCCGGGGCCGCGCCUGGCUGCGUUGCGCCCUCAACGAGCACUCGCUGGAGCGCUACCUGCACUCGCUGCUGGCCGACCGGGGCAGGCUCAGCACUUUUUAUGAAGACUGGUCUUUUGUGAUGGAUGAGGAAAGGUCUAGCAUGCUUCCUACCAUGGCAGCUGGUCUGAAUUCCAUACUCUUUGCAAUUAACAUUGACAACAAGGAUUUAAAUGGACAGAGUAAGUUUGUCCCCACUGUCUCGGACCUCUUAAAGGAGUCAACACAGAAUAUGACCUCCUUGCUGAAGGAGUCCACACAAGGAGUGAGCAGCCUUCUCAGGGAGAUCACAGCCUCCUCUGCUGUGUCUAUCCUCAUCAAACCUGAACAGGAGACUGACCCUCUGCCCGUCGUGUCCAAGAACGUCAGUGCUGAUGCCAAAUGUAAAAAGGAGCGGAAGAAGAAAAAGAAGGUGACCAACAUUAUUUCAUUUGAUGAUGAGGAAGAUGAGCAGAACUCUGGGGAUAUUUUUAAGAAGAUACCUGGAGCAGGGGAGAGCUCAGAGGAGAACUCUGACCGCUCCUCUGUCAAUAUCAUGUCAGCCUUUGAGAGCCCCUUUGGGCCAAAUUCCAAUGGAAGUCAGAGUAGCAACUCAUGGAAAAUUGAUUCUCUGUCUUUGAAUGGGGAGUUUGGGUACCAGAAGCUUGAUGUGAAAAGCAUUGAUGAUGAAGAUGUAGAUGAAAAUGAAGAUGAUGUGUAUGGGAGCUCAUCGGGAAGGAAGCAUGUGGACCACUCAGAGUCCCCUGAGAAGCCGCUGGAUGGGAACGCCUGCCUCUCCCAGAUGCACGGCUGGGCCCCACUGCAGGUGCUGCACGGCGACUCCGACAUCCUCUUCCCCGUCAGCGGAGUGGGCUCCUGCAGCCCGGCAGAUGCUGCCCUCGGAAGCCUGGAGAACGGGACAGGACCAGAGGACCACGUUCUCCCAGAGCCUGGACUUGUGUACAGUGUGGAAGCCAGUUCUCCAGGCCAAGGAAGUCCCCUGAGCAGCUUGUUACCUUCUGCUUCAGUGCCAGAGUCGAUGACAAUUAGUGAACUGCGACAAGCCAUUGUGGCCAUGAUGAAUAGGAAGGAUGAGCUGGAGGAGGAGAACAGAUCACUGCGGAACCUGCUUGAUGGUGAGAUGGAGCAUUCGGCUGCACUCCGGCAAGAGGUCGACACCUUGAAAAAGAAGCUGGCAGAGCAGGAGGAGCGGCAUGGCAUGAAGGUCCAGGCCUUGGCAAGAGAAAACGAAGUGCUGAAAGUCCAGCUGAAGAAAUAUGUAGGAGCUGUCCAGAUGCUGAAAAGAGAAGGCCAAACAGCUGAAGUUGUGCCAAAUCUUUGGAAUGUUGAUGGAGAAGUUACAGUAACUGAACAGAAGCCAGGAGAAGUUGCUGAAGAACUAGCCAGCUCCUAUGAAAGAAAGCUCAUUGAGGUGGCGGAAAUGCAUGGUGAGCUGAUUGAAUUCAACGAGCGCCUGCACAGGGCCCUGGUGGCCAAGGAAGCCCUCGUGUCCCAGAUGAGGCAGGAGCUCAUCGAUCUGCGGGGGCCGGUGCCUGGAGAUUUGAGCCAAACAUCUGAAGACCAGAGUUUGUCGGAUUUUGAAAUAUCAAACCGGGCGCUCAUCAACGUCUGGAUCCCUUCAGUGUUUCUUCGGGGUAAAGCAGCAAAUGCAUUCCACGUGUACCAGGUCUACAUUCGGAUAAAAGAUGAUGAAUGGAACAUCUACCGGCGGUAUACAGAGUUCAGGAGUUUGCACCACAAGUUACAGAACAAGUAUCCUCAAGUGAGGGCCUACAACUUCCCACCCAAAAAGGCCAUUGGAAACAAGGAUGCCAAGUUUGUAGAGGAACGAAGAAAGCAGCUCCAGAACUACCUACGCAGUGUCAUGAACAAGGUCAUCCAGAUGGUCCCCGAGUUUGCUGCCAGCCCCAAAAAAGAGACUCUCGUCCAGCUGCUGCCCUUCUUUGUUGAUAUUACCCCUCCCGGAGAACCACUGAACAACAACAGCCGGCCCAAAGCAGCUUCUCGCUUCCCCAAGCUAUCCCGAGGGCACCCCAGGGAGACACGCAACGUGGAGCCCCAGAGCGGUGACCUCUGACCUCUACAGAACCCCAGACAUGGGCCCUUCAUGUUACGGCAGCCACCCCACCUCAGAAUAAUGACAGCAUCGCCCCAGAGAGCCUCCCCACUAGUCAUAGGACACUCCAAUUAAACUGAGUCUUAGAGCAGCUGCGGCCCUGGCCUCAGAGCGCCUCGCUGGACAGACUCAGACACGCAGUCACUGUUCUCCCACAGUCUGGACAGCCGGGGCCGUUUUUUUCCCUCCCUCCAGCUCAGGGGCCAGCAGCAGGGUGGGCGUCCCAGUCAGAGAUGACAGCUCCUACACUGUAGGUCAGAAGGCAGGAGGGUUCUCCAGAAACACCUGACUCCUUCCCCCGUGAGUCAGACGACCGUCUGCUUCUUUUUGCUUUUUAACCUAAUUGCCUGCUAUGGCGUUAUGAACAGACAGUGGGGUGCCCUUUCCUCUCCAUUUUCCUUCCCACCCGUAGUUGUCACACACCCUGCAGUGUUGCCACCAUAGCUCCUCCAGGGAGAUGCUCCUCCUGGCCUUGCCCAGGGGCCAUUAGUGAGUUUAACUUUGGUUCUUAGAGAACAUCUCCUACCUCCCCACAACUGGCUUCAGGAAAGACUAGUCACAUAGGAACCCUGAGGUCACCCAGGUCCACGUGCACCUUGUUGGGCUUGGUGGGGACUCAGGUGUCCCGCCCCACUGUCAGCAGCAAACUCUAUCCCCAGCCUAUUCUGGAAUCAGUGGCCUUGGCCUUACAGUCAUCAGAGACUUGGUUCUGGGAACCAGUGGGAUUUCAGACCCAGCUCAUCUCUGCAACCUUGAACAUAGCGUGUGCUCUGAACAGAUCAUGACUGCUCCCUCCCUGCACCCCAAGACACACGUUUGUGAUCCCCAGCAGGCUCUUGCUGGGGCCAGAAUCCUGUGUAUCCCUGAGGAUGGAUUUGCCCCUUCCUCCCUUCUCAGGGCAGGGCCUCAGAGCCCAGGGCCUUGACAGACAGCACAGCAGCCCCUGAAGCUGCUCCUCCUCCAGGCCCAGGUCACAGCGCCUCAAAGGAACAGGGCAUUGGCUGGUUUCACCCCUAGGAUCAUGGAACUGUCCCCAGUCAAGAGCUGUCCUCAGACACUGAGCACAGUUAUGAAGAGUUUGCAUUUUCUGGGGACUAUUAAUAUCUAGAUAAAACAUUGUGAGAUGGACUACGCAGGACCAAGUUGUGCCCCUCCUCCCAACCCCCAACCUGAGGGGAGUGGAGUCGGGGGACCUGGGAACGAGGACGAGCAUGGAAGGCGAGCAUUGGCAAACAGACCGCGGAUGUGGCCAGGCACUGCCUUGAUGAGCAAGAGGUGUUUCCUAGCUAGAAUCAGCUGGAAGGUUUGUCCUGCGUAUUCCCCUCCUAGCCAGAAGGAAACUUAUGUAAGGCAGUGAGGACAAAGUUGAUCCACCUUACACAUGGCUCUACAGACAAACAGAGAUGGUCUGAGUGACAUCUGAGGGGACCUGUGCCCCGUAAGGCAGAAGAGACAUCUGGGCCUUAGAAAGGUGACCUGCUCCUUCUCCUUGUCUGCCAGGAUGGCUGCUACGCAGAGGCUGGGUUUGAUUCUGAGGCCCUCGGGCACUGUGGCUGGCAACAUGGGGCACAGAACCUCCCUGGACUUGGCAACAGGGACUGAGAGCCCAGGCCGCCUGGCGCCAGGCCUCCCUGGGUUGGGUUUAUUUGCGCCAGUCGGAGUAGAGCUGAGACUGCCCUGGCAGUGCCUCCCUGAACCGGGAUCUGCAACCUGAGGGCGCCUCCCCCUUCUGUGUGUGUCGAGUACAGAAUGGAACCAGCUCCAGCAUCCUCCCAGGCCUGGCUCCUGAUCCCAAACACAUCAGAGAAUGCAGCGGCAUUGCCCUUUCCACUCCCCUAGGAACCUUCUCUGACAUUCUGCACCUGCAGUUUGAAAAAAAAAAAAAGGCACCCAUAGCCACUACAGACAGAUGCUAAACCGGGAGAAACAAUUCCACACCCAGCUGCUAUUUAGAAAGAGGGAGGAACUCUGCCUCUCCCUUCUUCUAAAGCUUAAUUAUUCCCAGGAAACUGGCCCUGCCCCCUGGAACAUGGGCUGUGAUGGCACCAUCGUGGGGUCACCUGGCUGCUCGCUCUUUGUGCCCCCCUUCUGUGACCAUGCGGAGACCUGAGUCCCUCUCCAAGUGCAGACCAUCCCCUCAUCCCAGCUCAGGUGAGUGUGUGACAGGCACACAUCAGCACCUCCCUGAAGCCUUAACUUUGGAAUCAUAUAGAAUGUUCUGCAAUGAUUUAGUCCCUCCAGCUUCUCCAAAUACUCCCGCCCUGGCUCUGGGGUGGUGGGUCGGACUUCCCAGUUCCUGGAGGAAGAAGCCCAAAGCAUCUAGUCUGCGAAGGUCUAAGCUGGGACCUGGUGCCCCAGGUGCCACCCCUGGAGACACGUCAUUAUCUGGCCCUCAGCCUGGAUCCAGCUCCAGCCCUGCCCAGCCUUGUGCCUUCUCAGGGCACCUUACUUGAUCCACAAAGAAGAUCCUCUGGUACCUCUGAUGUUGCCAUCUGAGAAAGGACCCCCCCUCCCAUACCCACAUUUAGAAAGAAACCAUAGGAGCUGCUUCUGUCUAGAAGGCCUUGGACAUCUAGGUCCACCUCUGUUGGGAGGAGGGACCCACUCUGGGUCCUUUUGAUAAGGCACCCUUGCUGUCCGUGGUCUGCUGUAGUCAGAACGGAACAGCGCCCGUUGUGUUCUCUGCCAUCAUCUCUUUUCUGUCUUUCUUCUCCCCUAGAUAAAAACAAGACUCAGGAAAGGCAGGGAGGGGCAGAUUCGUCUCUGCUUAAAAGAGACCUAAAGCUUCCAGGAAGGAAGGUCAAAGGCUGAUACAAACACAGACCAGAGCAACUCUGGCCUGGGAGUAAAGCUUCUCAGCCACUCUCUCUGGAAUCAGCCUGAAAUUCCAGCUCCUCGGAAUCUCGAUCAUGGGCACCCGCCACUCACGGUACUGGCAAGCGCAGAAAGCCAAGCUGGGCUUCACGGCAGCUGCUGCAGGCUCUGGGGAGGGGGAAGCUUUCAAGGAAGAGGCUGUUAACAUUUGUGGUGGUAACCAACUUACCCUCCUGAGGCCUCUUAGUUACCAAAGGGACGAGGUGGAGUGGGCAGGCCAGGACGCUAUGAACUCUGGGGAUGGGGGGAGGACUGGGUCUAGUCACAGCCCUCAGCUCUCCACGCCUUGGAGCUUAGUAAGAUGAACUCUUCAGUAACCACUGAAUUUCUAGAGGAGUGGCAGGUUGUGUGUUGUGCUUUAAAACCAGACUUAAUCAAAAAUGGUUCACCCCCAACCAGCCAGCUGAUAACACAGCUAUAGCCAAUGCCAGUAGUCCAAGGACUGCUCCCCAGGGUGUGGGCCCAGAGUCAGGCAUGCAGUGAAGCCCCAGCAGCCUGCCCAGCUGGGACGUGUGGGGCUGCGUUCCACAGAAGACUGCUGUCCUACCUCCCUGUGCCCAGGCACGUGGGGCUGCCUCUUGGUUUUGCAUGGGACAGUGCACCCUGCUGAGGGUCAAGUCUCAGGGUCUGGGCUUCCCUACCCCUCCCCAUCCUCUGCAGUGGGGUCACAGCAGGAACCCUCCUCCCAGCCUGCCUUCCUCAGCCAGCCUCCUCUAUGUGAGCACCUGCCCCCCACCUCCCACAAGGGAGGUUAUCCCCUCAGUACCCUCUCUUGGCCUUGGCAAAGGAAGGGUUGGAUUCUCAGCCUCCAGCACCUGCUUCAAGAAGACCCGACCAAGGCCCCUCUAGGGCCCCCAGCGUAUCAGACUGGCCAGGAGGCAUUCCAGAAGGGGUGGCCUCAACCCAGGUUUCAACCCUAAAGGCAAUAAUUGUCUUGACUUUUCCUUGGUGGACUCAGCCCAGUGCCCCAUGGCCUGGACCUUUUCUCCAGGAGAGGCUAUGACUUGGCAGACACAAGCUGUUUCUAGAAGGCCUGCUUGUGAGCAAAGUCUAUUGUAAUGAAGUUUCCAAAAUAUUGUGCAGUAUUUCAUUAAAGCGAAUGUUAAAUAUUUGCUGUUCGCAUUGGCUUCUGUGCUAAUUUUGCACAAUUGUAGCACUGUAUAUUUUAUCUAACAUUUCUGUGCCAAAAAGUUCAUUUUAAUGUUUCUGUAAUACAUGGUCUUGAUUAUGUUUCUAAAAUAAAACUUCAGCUACUGGAUCAGUAAGAAUGACGGGGCAGCCCUCAGGGUCCCCAGACUUUGAACAAACCAGGUUCCACGAUUCACCCAUGGCCACUGGAGGUACCCCCGGCCAGCUCCACUCUAGUAUUUGUCACUUUCGCCAUUGCCACAGAGCCCUAAUGAGUUUCUUACACACAUUUUCUGUAGGGAAGGGGGGAAAAAAAGGAAAAAGCCUGAUUUUUUAAAAGGAUGGUUGACCUUGUAACCCAGAUGAAUGUCCAUUCAUUGGUGUUUUGAGGUACAAGCGUUCUGUUCUCACUGGCACAUAAAUGUUUUCCUGUCCUAAUUGAAAAGCCACUGGCAGCCCCACCCAGGCCUCCACCUUCCCCUCCGAUUUGCUCAGUUCUGCUUCCUGCCCUCGUGAACUGCCAGGAAAAGGCCCUCAUUCACCUUGGAGGAUUCUUUUCACCAUCAGUAUAGGAUAGACAGGGAUACCCUUGCCAGACUCGGGGCUGAGGCAUGGACAAAUGGAUUGUACAUUUGUAACCAGAGUGACAAAGAGCUCAAGAAAUGAGCCCAGAUACCAAAAAAUUUCCAGAAGGAAGUGGAGCGGGGUGCCGCUAACUGGGAUUUUUGUCACUUAACAUUCACCCUGGAGAGGAUGUCUGCUUCCACAGCCUCUUCAGCCCUGGCCCAGCCCUUGGGCAGAGGGCUUUGCUUAACUUAUCUGCCACUAACUUCUUGGAGUGAGUCUUUUAGAUGCAGGAGAGGUGGAAAGCUCAGCUCAGGCUGCCUGGCCUGGCCGGAGUUACUCAUGUUGGGUCCCAGUGAGCCCAGUGAUGCAGGGAGAAGGCUGCGGGGCCGGAGCCUAUGGUUGUCUGUGUGUAAAAUAGGCCUAGAAGUCUCCAAUGCGCUCUGAAACGUGUAGUGUUAUCUUAACCACACUCUUACGUUAAGGUUUACACAAUAGGAUUUUUAAACAAAUGUGUUUAAUUUUCUAAGAUCUCUUGUAUUAAAAUUUUCUUUUGGAAUAAGCUGUGGUAAUUUUGUUACAAUCUGGUUGAGCUAAACCUCUUUACAAUGACAAAAUAAAAAUGGCGACAUUUUAUAAAUUA